CAACUCAGCUGCUAAGCUUCAGUUGAGCCAGGCAUGUUCGUCUGAAUACAACCUUAUUGCCUGUGCGUAGUGUGCUAGCUAACAAAGAAACAUAAAACAAAACAAUUAAGACAAAUAGAAUAAGUUAAAUAAUUAUUGACAAAGUUAUCAGCAGUGUGAUCGUUAAGUACAGAAUCAGCGAUAUAAGAGAGCAAAGAGUUCUAAAUAAACCUGAAAUCUGAUUUGCUCGGCAAGAUGGGUAAAUCCGUGCUCCACGCCGUCGCCCGCGGCAUCGGGAAGAGCAGCGAGCGGAAGCGAAUGGUCAAGCUCUGCAUCAGAAAGCUUCAAAAUAUCGACGAUCCUGAAACAUUCCUUUGUCGCUCAGUCCUCAUCAAUAAUACGCUAAAGAACCUUCAGAUUAUCCAGAAAGAGGCGAAGCUACGAAAAAUGCGGGAAUCUCUUGAAGCAAAUCCACUACUUGAAGCAAAUCCACUACUUGAAACCGAGGGCAAUCUUAAAUCAAUUGAUCAAGCUGAAUCUGAAUAUUCUACAGAAGAAAUAUUAAAUGAUAUUGAUAUGCCUGCUCCCCUUUCUCCAACCUUAGAGGAUAUUGUUCCAGACACGUUCCCUUCAAACAUUAAUAUUGUUCAUGAUCCACUUCACCUCACUCCAGUACUUGCCCCGAUCCAUAGUGACAGUUCCAACGGUUGGAUCGACCGAGAGGAUUGGGAGCAGGAGCAGGGCUCCUGGGAUAAAUGGGAGCACCAUGACUCUAUUCUAUGGGAGCGUGGGAGCAAGGAGCUUACCGCAACCUUGGAUCUUACACUACUGAAGAAAACGGGAUCAGAAGAGGAGGGAUCGGACAGCUCCGGAUCCCUUUCCGGAGAGGAAGGGUCCACGGAGGAUGGAUGCAGUAGUGAAGGAGAAAUGUAUGAUCGUGAAAUCUCCUGUGGACAUUCUUACAUCUCGGAGAAAUCCGUCCCAACCCUCAGUGUAAUAAACUCUUUGAUUGCUUCUCUAGAAAGCUGAUAAAACAUUUGUGACAUUUAUUCGGUAUUAAAAACAACUUUUUCCAUAAAAUGAAAGACCAUCUUUAUCAACACUUAAAAAAAUUUCUUAAAAAUUGAUGGCUUUUGGCAUUUAUAUUUUCCCCUUGGGGAAGGGGCCUCCCUUUUGGAUAAGGAAAUCAACUUCAGUGAUACAAUUAGGGCAACCGGCCAAUUUGUUUAAUGCAUCAUUAUUGAAAAGUGAAAACCUGUGUUAAAUACUGUUAAGUGAAAACUAAGAGCUAUGACUGCAAAGCUUGAGAAUAGUCAUAUUUCUUGAUGUAAUUUAAAACUUUUUGCAAUUUUGCAAAUAUGUAGUUUUUUUGUUGGAUUAUAAUCGGUUACCAAGAAUUCGACCCAGCGCAACACUGAAAAAUUUCAUAAAAAUCUUAAAAUCCGUUCUUUGCUUUGUGCUCUAUUGUAAACCUGAUUAAAAGCACACAAAGUUUCAAAGAUAUACAUUCGAAACGAUGGACAGUUCUGGUAUUGUGAACAUUUUGUAAAAUCAUUAGAAAAUUUUGUAUUAGGCCAAGCAUUUUCUGUUUUUCAGUAAAAGCAGUUUAAAAAGUAUUUAUUUCAUAAAAAAGUAUUUAUUAGUUUUUGUAAUUUUAGAAAUACUCAAUUUCCGAACUAAAAAUAGAAGGAAAUAAAAACUCAUGCAUUCUGAGUCAUUUCUGCAAUAUCUCGUACAUCUAGUCAGUACUAGCAAAGGUAUUGCAAUAUUUUUGGAAAAUUUGUAAAUAAUGAUAUCGCCAAAUAAUGUUGUUUCCUCAUAUAUUUGAAAAUUAUUAAAUGAAUUAGAUUGAGUUUUAAUUGAGCUUUUGUUCUAAAUUUGUGAUUUAUAUUUAUUGAAUU